ACGACGCGGCGGCGUCACCACGCAGCUCUUUCGCUUCGGCUGGAGUUACAUCGCCAACUUUGGCGCAGGACAAAAUACGAGGUCCUUUCAAAAAAAAAAAAAAACGUUUUUACAUUCACAAACCGGGCACUGUUUCAGCGCGCGCGCGGGCUGCGUGGGGCUCCGGCUCCGCGCGCGCCUCUGCGCCGCGUCGCCGGACACUUCCCCGCAGGUUACGGUGCUCCGUAGCAACACGUGCCACGUCGUGCUGCCGCGAUGCAGAAAACGGCGGGGAUUACACGUGUGUUCAUCCAGCGGGGUCUGAGGACGAAUCUCGUGUCUCUCUAACAACCCACCCCCCCAACACCGGCAGCGUGGAGAAAAGGGGGGCAUUCACUGACUGCACCGUAGAACCGCGGGCAGCGGGUCCAUCGGCUCCGUGGACAAUUUGAGGUCUUCUUAAAGACAUUUGGGCAUCGGAGUGACUGAAAUAACCCGAAUGUGUCCUUGGAGCGUGACGUAGCGCGUCAUUCCCGACUCCACACAGGUCUGAGAGCCUCCCUCCCCUCCCAGAGGCCAAAAUGAGCUGGAGCUUCCUCACGCGUCUGCUGGACGAGAUCUCCAACCACUCCACCUUCGUGGGCAAGAUCUGGCUCACCCUCCUCAUCGUCUUCCGCAUCGUGCUGACGGCGGUCGGGGGCGAGUCCAUCUACUACGAUGAGCAGAGCAAGUUCGCGUGCAACACGCAGCAGCCCGGCUGCGAGAACGUGUGCUACGACGCGUUCGCGCCGCUGUCGCACAUCCGCUUCUGGGUGUUCCAGGUGAUCAUGAUCACCACCCCCACCAUCAUGUACCUGGGCUUCGCCAUGCACAAGAUCGCCCGCAUGGACGACAGCGACUACCGGCCCCGCAAGCGCAUGCCCAUCGUGAGCCGCGGCGCCAACCGCGACUACGAGGAGGCGGAGGACAACGGCGAGGAGGACCCCAUGAUCCUGGAGGAGAUCGAGCCGGAGAAGAAGGAGGAGGAGAAGGAGGCGCCGGAGAAGAAGCAGAGCAACAAGCACGACGGGAGGCGGCGCAUCAAGCGCGACGGCCUGAUGAAGGUCUACGUCUUCCAGCUGCUGUCGCGCGCCAUCUUCGAGGCCUCGUUCCUCUUCGGGCAGUACGUCCUCUACGGGCUGGAGGUGGUGCCGUCGUACGUGUGCACGCGCUCGCCGUGCCCGCACACGGUGGACUGCUUCGUGUCGCGCCCCACGGAGAAGACCAUCUUCCUGCUCAUCAUGUACGGCGUGAGCGCCCUGUGUCUGCUCUUCACCCUGCUGGAGAUCCUGCACCUCGGCAUCAGCGGCAUCCGGGACUGCUUCUGCAGGCCGCGCACCCCCAGCCCCCCCCGGCACGCCGCCCCGCCCAGCCACCGCUCCUCCCUCAGCCGCCAGCAGCCGUCGGCGCCGCCGGGCUACCACACGGCGCUGAAGAAGGACCCGUCGGGGAAGAUGGCCUUCCGGGACAACCUGGUGGACUCGGGGCGCGAGUCGUUCGGGGACGAGGCGUCGUCGCGGGAGCUGGAGAGGCUGCGGAGGCACCUGAAGCUGGCCCAGCAGCACCUGGACCUGGCCUACCAGACCGGGGAGAGCAGCCCGUCGCGCAGCAGCAGCCCCGAGUCCAACGGCACCGCGGUGGAGCAGAACCGGCUCAACUUCGCCCAGGAGAAGCAGAGCGGUACCUGUGAGAAAGGUGUCCGUGCGUAGGCUCCCAGGAGCUCAGCUCACACUGUGGACUUCUGGAUCCACCAGAGGGACAAAAGGGAAUCAAAGUGUGUGCGCGCGUGUGUGUGUGUGUGUGUGUGAGACCUGUUGCGUCUGCUUGAGGUGGAUGAAGUCAUCCCGAGCCUUCCAGUGUUACGGCCAUCCGCUGGUCGAGCAUCAAGUCGAGAGAGGAGGAGGAGGAAGAGGAAGAGGAGGAGAGCGGUCGUCUCGAACCCAGCGAUACUUGAGCCGCGUGUCUGAUCCAAAGUGCUUCUACACGGUUAAAAGUGUUCUUCUCCCUCAGGGCAGCUAUUUGUUGGAGGGCCACAGUGAAUGCAUCUCAUGCCUUAGACCUAAACUGGAACCAUUGUUUUAUGGCAAUUUUGUGCAAAAAAAAAAAAAAAAAGAACAGGAAAAAUAUGUUUUGACUGUAGUGUUUUACUUUAGUGAGCAAGUGAAUCGG